AUGCUGCUAUGGCUGACCCUCACCCUUCUGUGGAGCCCCACCUGCUGGGCAGGGCAGACGUACGGGCCCGGAGGAGGAUGGCAUUUCAGUACCUUUAAAGACUAUGAAAAUGAAAUCACUGGGAUUCGAGUGUUUGUAGGUGCUAUCGGCAUAUUUAAGAGUAUCCAGGUGAGGUUUGGAUCCUGGAGUGAAAAAUAUGGAGUCUCAGGUGCGAAGCCCCAGGAAUGCCUCCUCCUGCCAGGUUAACACGUUAUAGGAAUCUACGGCUCCUACAAGCUUUUCCUCCAGCACCUGGUCAUAUACACCGACUUUGAGUGCUGGAGAGGAAGCAUUCUCCACAUUUGGAGAGGAAGGUGGCAGGACAUUUUUGACUCCCCAGGUAACAGUAAGGAGGUGCUCACUGGAAUCUUUGAGCAUUACAGGCUCCUGGGCAUUUCCAGUAUCGGCUUUGAGUGGGAUUAUCCUCUAAGGGUCACCCGGGCGGCCUGCAUCCGGCAUCUGCGCUGCGGCACCAGCAGGGGGCGCCAGGCCACCAUCGGGUACCGCGCGGGGCUGCGGUUCAGCGCCCGCCCUCCCGCCUCCCGGCUGCCACUCCCGUCCGCCAACUGCCAGCACCUGCUCCACUGCCUUUCGGGAAUCGGCUUCAAGUGGGGAUUUGGCCCCGAGAAGCCGUCCGCCCAGUCGGCCCGCCGCGGUGACCAGAGAGCUGAUGACCCGCGCGGGGAAGCAGGACCCAGCGAGGCCCAGUGCGGUCCUGAGCCGGUCUCGGGUCCCACCACGCGCUGCUUCCUCGCGGCCAGGUGGUCAGGACCAGAGGCCAGGUGA